AUGUGCGACGUUCGUGCUGAGAAGUCUGGUAUCGCUCUGGAGGCACAGCAGAAAAUCCAUGGAAAGUAUGAUCCGGAACUCGCCUCACACAUUCUUCAGUGGGUACAGUCAGUUACUGGCGAAGAUUUUAACACGGAUGGAAACAUUGACAAUUUUUGUUCUUUGUUUAAAGAUGGAACACUGCUGUGUCGCUUGGCAAAUAGUCUCAAGCCAGGUGCCGUGAAUAAAGUUAAUCAAUCAGCAAUGGCUUUCAAGCAGAUGGAGAACAUCGCAUUUUUUCUUGCGUUUGCGCAGAACUACAUUGCGAAGUCUGAACUUUUCCAGACUGUUGACUUGUAUGAGGGGCAAGAUCCGAAUGCAGUGCUCAUUUGCUUGUCUUCUCUAGCCCGAAAAAGUGAGAAAGCAUUUGGGAAACCUGGUAUUGGCCCGAAGGAAUCUGAAGGAGAGAAAAGAGCGUGGACGGAAGAGCAGUUGAAAGCCGGUCAAGGCGUGAUCGGGUUGCAGAUGGGUAGCAACAAGGGCGCGACGGCAAGUGGUCUGAACUUUGGGAACACUAGGCAUAUGUAG